CCCCUGUUUCAGUCCUUCGCAGACCUGCCGCACCGGCCGCUGCUGGUGGAGCUGACAGUGGAGGAGGGUCAGAGGUUAAAGGUCAUCUACGGGUCAUGCGCUGGGUUCCACGCCAUUGACGUCGACUCAGGAAACAAUUACGACAUCUACAUCCCCGUGCACAUCCAGACCCAGGUCACGCCCCACGCCAUCAUCUUCCUGCCCCACACGGAGGGGAUGGAGAUGCUGCUCUGCUACGAGGACGAGGGCGUCUACGUCAACACCUACGGGCGCAUCAUCAAGGACGUGGUGCUGCAGUGGGGGGAGAUGCCCACCUCCGUGGGUGAGCCUGGACGCCUGGGUCCUCCCCGGUGCUGGGGGUCAGCGCCGGGUGAGGGGUCCCUGGGUAACCGGCCGCCCCGCCCCAGAGGUGGGCGCAUGCCAGGCUUACUCCUGCUCUGCUCCCCCCAGGUUUUCUUCGCCUCCGUCCGCUCCGGGGGCAGCAGCCAGGUUUACUUCAUGACACUCAACAGAAACUGUAUCAUGAACUGGUAAGGCCCCGCCCCCAGCGCUGGCCCCGCCUCUGGAGGGAAGGGGCGGGGCCCCCUCAGACACUGGAUCCCUCUGCCAGAGACUCCGCCCCCACAGCCAGCAAGGAUCAGGACCGACCAAUCAGCAGAACCGAUGCCUUGACCGCCUUCUCCCCGACCCGUGUUUGAUGCUGCUUGGGGGGGGGCUCUCCAUGGUGACAGUGUGUCCCCCCCUCUGACUGACUGACUGCUCCCCGCUUCGCUCGCCCCUCCCCUGACUCCGUGGGGACCUGCUCUGUUCAUCGCCUGAGCGCCGGGCGAGGGGUCCCCAUGUCUCCAGCCGCCCCGCUCCAGAGGUGGCUGCAUCUCAGCGCCGGGCGAGGGGUCCCCGUGUCACCAGCCGCCCCGCCCCAGAGGUGGGCGCAUCUCAGCGCCGGGCGAGGGGUCCCCGUGUCUCCAGCCGCCCCGCCCCAGAGGUGGGCACAUCUCAGCGCCGGGCGAGGGGUCCCCGUGUCACCAGCCGCCCCGCCCCAGAGGUGGGCGCACCUCAGCACUGGGCGAGGGGUCCCAGGCACGUGUGGGGUGACAGGCAAACACGAGGAGGGAGGUGGCCGGAGGCCGAGGCGGGGGGACCCAGUGCUGUCGCUGUGGGGCGCUGCACUGACCAGGGCCCCUGUCGGGGGCACUCAGAACGGCCAUGGGGCGCAGACCCAUCGCUUUGUGCCAAUUUCGCUUUGCUUAAAGGUGGGGGCGUGGGGCGGGGCCAGGGCCUUUCAUCCACCUGGGUAGGAGCCGCAGUGGUGGUGGGGAACCCCCAAAGCAGCCCCCCGACUGCCUUGUGUGCCCCCAGAACUCCUCCCCCUGGGCCGGGCAAACGGGGGCGAAUGUACAGGGGGGACACGGGGGGGGCCUGGUCCCUUCUGGCUCUGUGUAUAUUUUGCUUUAAUUAUUUUUAUUUUGUAACAAUGAUUCAUUAACAAAGCACUUUAAAGCCCUGACUGCGUCUCAUGGGGGGCUGGGAACGCCCCCCAGGGGCGGAUUUGGGGUGAUUCUCGAACUGACCCAGGAGAGUUGGUCCUAGGGUGGGGACUGGCUGGCUCGGGGGCAAGGAAUGGGGCAGGGACCUGUCCCCUCUAGGGGGCACCGGCUCCCACCCGGCCCCAUGGGAGCCUGGCUGCAGCAGCAGUGCAAGGGUUAAACAAUGGAGGGGCGGGGCACGGAGCCAGCUGAUUCCCCUCCCUGCCCCCCUGACGCUGCCUGGGGGCCCCCCCGAGAGCCAUAUGGAGUGUGCGGGGGGAGGGGUUAUGGAGUUCAUGGGACCCCCCCCAGUAUCCAGUUUCCUCUGUACGUUGCUUGCAUCUAUCAAACCCCAGACUCCCCCUCCCGCGCCGUGGCCUUGAAAUUUCAUCUGUUAAUAAAAAACCAAAUUCUAUGA